GGCACUGCUCUGCUCGCUCUGACGCUCUCUUCCCCAAUCUCCACUCCUCCCCCUUUCCUACCGAGUGUCACCCUCUUUCUCCUCUCAUCUGUUCACUCCCCUGUGCUCGGUUGAGGCUGUUCGGCGGCAGCACCACAAGCCUCCGGGAUCGUCGCAUCGCAUUGUUCACCCACCGACCGAGCCCCUUUUCUUUUUUUUCUUUUUUUUUAAAUCGGUGUGACACGGCUGAGCUUUGUCCCCCCUCCUCUCCUCUCCUCUCUCUCUCCUCUCCUCUCCUCUCUCUGUGUUUUUAAUGCCUUUACCGGGGGAAUCUACUGCAUGCGCGCCAGUCCGGUGACGUGCCCGAGCAUGUUCACAUCAGAGACGGCGUCGGAUUUACCUGAGAGUACGCUGCCCUCUCACUGUCAGAGCCAUCUCCCCGCCGCGCACACAGAUUUGGACUUCACCGAUUGUCACUGAGGAGGAGAGAAAACACACACACAUACAUACACACACCAAAAAAAAAAAAAAGAAAGGGAGAAAACACACCGGAUUACAAGGAUGGGGUUCUACGGCACUUUAAAGAUGAUUUUCUACAAAAUGAAGAGAAAGUUGGACCAUGGCCCUGAGGUCCGAUCUUUCCCUUCAGGCAAAAAGCCCUGCAAAGGCACAGAGUAUCCCAGCCCGACAGGAAUCGUCCCGUGUCCGGCCACACCCACCACAUUUGGUCACAUUAGAACAGCCAACGGUCAGGGGCAACAGAGACGGCGUAUCACCUCAAUUCAGCCACCUACGGGUCUCCAAGAAUGGCUCCGAACAUUUCAGAGCUGGACUGGCCCAGAGAAGCUGCUGGCGCUGGAUGAGUUGAUUGACAGCUGUGAGCCCACACAAGUCAAGCAUAUGAUGCAGGUGAUUGAGCCGCAGUUUCAGCGCGACUUCAUCUCCCUGCUGCCCAAAGAGCUGGCUUUGUAUGUGCUGUCAUUCCUGGAACCGAAGGACCUCCUCCAAGCAGCGCAGACGUGUCGCUACUGGCGCAUCCUGGCAGAAGACAACCUGCUGUGGAGGGAGAAAUGCAGGGAAGAGGGCAUUGAUGAGCCUUUGCCCCUCAAGAAGAGGAAAAUCGUCAAGCCCGGCUUCACUCACAGCCCCUGGAAGAGUGCCUACAUCAGGCAGCACAGAAUAGACACUAACUGGAGGAGAGGGGACCUCAAAUCACCCAAGGUGCUGAAAGGUCACGACGACCACGUGAUCACCUGCCUCCAGUUUUGUGGCAACCGCAUCGUCAGCGGCUCUGACGACAACACGCUUAAAGUCUGGUCGGCUAUCACGGGAAAGUGUCUGCGGACGCUGGUGGGCCACACGGGCGGCGUGUGGUCAUCCCAGAUGCGGGACAACAUUAUUAUCAGCGGCUCCACUGAUCGCACACUCAAGGUCUGGAACGCAGAGACAGGAGAAUGUAUCCACACCCUCUAUGGGCAUACCUCAACAGUGCGCUGCAUGCACCUACAUGAGAAAAGGGUGGUCAGUGGCUCUCGUGACGCCACGCUGCGUGUCUGGGACAUUGAGACGGGUCAGUGUUUACACGUCCUCAUGGGCCACGUGGCGGCCGUGCGCUGCGUCCAGUACGAUGGGCGACGGGUGGUCAGCGGUGCCUACGACUUCAUGGUCAAAGUGUGGGACCCCGAGACGGAGACCUGCCUCCACACGCUGCAGGGCCACACCAACAGAGUUUACUCGUUACAGUUUGAUGGGAUCCACGUAGUGAGCGGCUCAUUGGACACGUCUAUAAGGGUCUGGGACGUGGAGACGGGCAACUGCAUCCACACGCUAACGGGGCAUCAGUCCCUCACCAGCGGCAUGGAGCUCAAAGACAACAUCCUGGUCUCAGGCAACGCAGACUCCACUGUCAAGAUCUGGGACAUCAAGACGGGCCAGUGCCUGCAAACACUGCAAGGUCCCCACAAGCACCAGAGCGCCGUCACGUGCCUGCAAUUCAACAAGAACUUUGUCAUCACCAGCUCGGACGAUGGCACAGUGAAACUGUGGGACCUGAAGACGGGCGAGUUUAUCCGUAACCUGGUGACUCUGGAGAGCGGUGGCAGCGGCGGUGUGGUGUGGCGCAUCCGGGCCUCCAACACCAAGCUGGUGUGUGCGGUUGGAAGCCGCAACGGCACAGAGGAGACCAAGCUGCUGGUGCUGGACUUUGACGUGGACAUGAAGUGAGAGGGGACGCAGUGGGGAAGCAUGAAGACAGCAAACCGUGGAGAGGAAGGAAUAGAGAGGGAGCGAGAUGAGGCACCUAGAAACCAGAGGGCCCCAAAGCCCAGAACUCUUCACCCAAACUCGCAAAUCUACAACCACCACCACCAACAGUGGGCUGUCCUGUCCUCUACCAUUACCUUCCCCGUCCCCUUUUGGGCAAAUGUUACUGACAAAAGCCACAGACCCUCACAUGUGUUCAGCCCCUGCUUUUGACCCCCCCCCUACCACCAGUACGAGGUGGAGUCGGAGGGGAUCGGGCUGGAAACGGGGCAGGGGGGGGGGGGGGGGGGCGGCGCACGACCGAUCUGUCCCCCGAUUGGCUGGGAGAAAGAAGAGGAAGGAAGGAACGACUGACAACGACUGAACUCUUCUGAAGUGACUCUCCACCCUUUCGGUUAGGGGGCAGCUUCGCACAGAGACUUGGUUUCGCUCAAGCCGGACAGAUUUUGAGAUGUACAGAGAUAUAUUAUUUUUUAAAAGACCCCCCCCAACACACAACCCCCUCCCUUCCCCUCCUCCCCCCCUCCCAUCAGUGCGCGCCCACAAACACACACACAUACACUCAAGCGGCCAACCGCAAAGUGGUAAACAUUGACCUUAGGAUACGAUUGAGGAAUGUGGGAGACGUUUUAGAGAUGAAUUUCCACACACACACACACACACACACACACACACACACACACACAGUUACACCUGAAGAGCUGCUUGAUGUAGAGGAGAGAAAGCGAUUGGCUUCCAGACGUGAAGGGUUCAGCCUGUAAUCAGGCUCGUUUCUUGUCACUCCAUUUCCGUUCUUAUUGUUCUCCACUCGGUUCCUGUAGUUUUGAUUUCUUGACGAUAUCGCACACAAACACAACUGUGAAUUUCAAUACCAUUUUGGUUUAUCAUAUGAAAGGGGUUUCUCUUUUGUUGUUGUUUUUUUUUUUUUUUUUUUUUUUUUUUUUUCUUUCCUCGUCGUUGCCAACAGCAACAAAUCCCAGUAUUAGAACCCACUCUGUUUAGGUUUGCUGUCAUUAUGUCACAAGGGUUUUUUUUUUGUUUUUUUUUUUUGUCUUUUCAUUUGAGUUGUUUGUUCUUCCUUUCUGUUUUCUACAUACCUGGGUUUGGGGCUCCGUCUCCACAUAAACAUCAAUGCUGUCCAGAAUUUUUCAGAGUUUAGCUGGGGUGGUUUCCUCGAUGCCAGUGCUGUGAGGAGAGGAAGUAAAGUUUCUUAGCUCUAAGCGCUGUGGAUUAUUGCCCCUGCUCCCCCUCCAGCCCCUUCCCCUUUAGUGUUUUCCCCCAGUGGCCAAACUGUAUUUAUGCUGCUAGAUGAAUGGGGGGAAAAAAAAAAAGAGAUGGAACUUUUACUUGCUGUGACGUUUUAGUCCCAGGCGAAAUUCCAAAUUGAACUCUAUAUGUUUGGACUUUAAGACACAGAGAAAAACAAACGAUGACAAAAGAUAACAUCCAACAUUUUUGUUUUAUUUUGUCUGUUUUUGCCACUGAAACUUGAGCCAAACGUGCCUCUACGAGGCUGAGAGGAGGGAGCGUGUCCGACAGAUACUGACGGGAUUGCCUGCAGAGAGGAAACAAGGGGGGGAUGUACACUGUUGGCGUGCGUGUGUGUGCGUGCAUGAGUGCGUGUGUUAGCGUGUUAAUGGGCAACUUGUAAACACAUUCCUUGGGACAACGCUCUUUCAGCCUGUUCUUUGGGGAAAUGUACAAAUGCUGUGUGGACUGGCAAAGAAAAAAAAAAAAAACUAGCAGAUGUAUCGAUUUUAACACGUGAAUGAAAGAAACUGUCCGUAUCCGUGUGUGAUUGUUGUUCCAUUCAAAGA